AUGCCCCUAUUUCAAGAUCAGAAUCGGAGGCGUCAUUUUCUUUGGUCACCCGACCAUGGCAAUCGUCAACAGCCGACCACAGGGUCCUCGCAACCCCAGCUAAAUGAUCUCAACCACCAUGAGAAAGCUACUCCAGACAUGGCAACCAACUCUAUGGAUUCAACGGAGUUGAGUCCGCCCAAGUCAUGGGCGAAUGACCGGGAGGAGCUCAUACAACGUAUCAAGGAAUCUUCGCCUUGGAGACUUCAACGUUUGUCCCUGGAGAGACACAACAAUGAUUUAUUAAGCUCCCGAAUUUCACCGGAGCAGUCACCAACAGCAGCAAAAAAGCAAGAAGACCACUCUCUUCACCAAAAACAUCAUACCAAUGCAACAGAGCAACUGGGAUCGCCGGCCGACAUCCAGAGACCUCGAUCCGCAUUACACUCGGGUGACUUCAGGGAAGGCGCCACAGAUCCCCAUGGCUCACACGCUCCUGGAUCUGCUUUUGCUGGGCCAAGUUCGGUUUCUCCAUUUGCUCAUUUAAGCUCCUCUCCCACUACUUCUUGGUUUGAAGCACCGGCUUUGCCACCCGGUUUGCAAAAGACAAGCGCAUUGAAUGAUGAUGAUGAUGUUGUGAAUGCUUGCACGCGUGCACCGGAGGUGGGCUCAUUCUCAUCAAGUUACGUUCUGAAAGCUCCUACCAGUCCUCUAGUACAUCAAGCAAAUAACACAGACUUGGAUUUUUCGUCCCGUGUCGACUAUGUGGACGUUUCGGAGCCUCUGGUGAGGAAAAACCGUCGCCGUACUUUGCCACCAGAGACCUUUAGGAAUCUCCAAUUCUCCCUGCCAAGCAAUCAAGUUCCCAACCUUGGCAGUCCAUCUCCACCCGAACGGCAGCAGGAUCUCUUCACCAAUCAACAAUCUUUGCCUCGCCGGCCGUUGUCUUCAGCAUAUAGUCUUCAACUCGCACCCUCUCCCGGGGGGCAGAUCCUACCAUCACGAGCACGAAGGCCGUCUUUUGUCUCUGAUCUCUCGUCAAACCCCCACGCACCGAUGGUGGGGUCUUACGAGGAGUGUAUAUUGCGUGGGAGGAUGUCAAUGAAUCCUUCCAAGCCGUUGAAUUUCACGGCUCAGAUCGGUGUCCUGGGCAAGGGGAAAUGCAAAAGCCAUCUCAAAUGCCCGCCACAUGUUACAGUGCCAUUUCCGGUUGUUUUCUACAGCUAUCCCACCUCAGGGAGUGGCCGCUCAAUCUCAGACGAUAAUCCAAGUCCCUAUGUGGGACAAAUUGACUUGGAAAAUUCCCUUUCAAAAGAGACUCAUAAUACGACUAGACGUCGCAGGCGAUAUCCAAGCCCUACAGGACACUGUGAAGACACAUCCGCUCCAGAUGCAGCAAAUGAUACUCCUACGUGUGGUGCUGAGCCACGACGCCGUCGGGAAAAGAAGAAUCACAGAUCAGAAUCGCCUAAAUGUCCCCCAGGAGGGUCUUACCGGAUUCCGCAACAAGGCCAAUUGCAAAUCAUAAUCAAGAACCCACACAAGACAGCGGUCAAGCUUUUCCUAGUUCCAUACAACCUCGGUGAUAUGGAACCUGGCACAAAGACCUUCAUUCGGCAACGCAGUUACUCGGCAGGUCCAAUCAUCGAUAUGCCGCUCAGUGCACGGAAAAAUCUUGGGACCGAUCGCCCCGAAGCUUCCUUGAAUCCUACAGAAGAUCCUCAAGAAAAACCUACGUUGCGAUACCUCAUUCAUCUGAAUAUCUGUUGUCCUGCACGCGGUCGUUUUUAUCUACAUUCCACCAUUCGUGUGGUAUUCGCAAACCGCGUCCCGGAUGGCAAGGAGAAACUACGGAAUGAAAUUCAAAAUCCUGAACCUCGGUACAGUCCAUACAAGCCCAUCCGAGAGUCAUCCAUCUCGAGUGCUGCGAGUGCAAAUGCGCGCCUGGGAAUUGAAAAAACUUCCCACGGACGGAGUACGGGCGAGGUAGCGAUCCCUCACCUCCAUCCGCACGUGUCACCUCACAGCAAGUUUCCCUCACAAGACGUCCUAAGACCCAUGGAUGUUCCGGGUGGCCCUGAAAAUGCUCCAUCCUCGUCCAAACUGUCUCGGCACAACGAGUUCACUAAGGACGAUGGGAAUUACGGAUGUCAUCCAAUCGGUUCAGAAGCUAGCGAGAGCCUACUCGCCAAGAGACUCCGAGGUCUUGAUGUGCACAGGCCGGUAUCCACAGUAGAUGAACGAUAUCCACACAAAUUAGGCUUCUAUGAUCGACCAUCCCCCACCCACCACAACCGUCCUCGCUGA